AUGGCCGGCAAGGAGCGAUUCGAGGUUGCCGUCAAGGGGCUGCCCAAGGAUGGGGCGAAGAGCUCAUUCGAGGGCAAACUCGGCGACUAUUCAGCAGCCAUUGUGGACUACAUCGAGGACGAGAUCCCUGAGCCCCCUCUUGGAAAGUCCGGCGACAGCAAGAACGUGGGUGAGGGCCUCUUCCCAGCUUUUGUGAGUUACUUGCAGAGCUUUGACAAGGCUGAAGAGAAGGAGAAGCGAUCAUAUCUCAGGACCAAGCUGCAGGAGAUUGACACCUUCCUACAGGCAGGGGGGGGUGCAGAUAGCCACAAGCCCUACAUUCAUGGCAAGUCGGUAGGACCCAACGACCUUGAGCUGGCUCCAAAAAUCCACCAUGUCCAGCUGGUCACCAAGCAGUUUAAGGACUGGGAUGUGUACACUGCCUUCCCCGCGAUUGGCGAAUACGCUGGGGCCAUGCAGAAUCGCCAGAGCUGGAAGAAUACAAAGUAUGAGGACGGACUGGUGAUUCAGGAGUGGGGCGACAAAGUGAAGAGCUUCAAGGGCUAA